AUGACAAAAAAAAUUCGGGUGUGUAAAAAUUUUACUUAUUAUUCGAUAAUCAAAGAAGCAAUUCUAGCACAAAAAGGACAAAAGGCCACAUCAACACAAAUUUUUAAUUAUAUAACAAAUAAACAUCCUCAUUUAUUUAAACAAAGUAACUCUAUGACUUGGAAGGGAAAUAUUAGGCAACUGUUAAGUAAAAAUCCGGAAUUUGUUAAGCUUCAAAAAGAUGAAAUUUCAAAAUUACACUAUUGGAGAUUUGUUCCAAUUGAAGAAAUUAUUGAAAAUGAGAAAGAGAUGAGCUAUGAACAUAAUUUUAUGCAAUUUAGAAAUGAUCAUGCCAAUUAUUUUAACUAUUAUCAAAGUUCACAUAGAUGUCCUAUGCAAAAUUCUGUUUAUAAUUAUUAUCCUGAAUAUCCAUCUUACACGUCACAAUUCCAAGAGCAAUUCUUUGGAUAUAAGCAUCACUCUUCUGGAUUUACUAAUCAUAUGGCAAAUCGUAAUAAUACAGAUUUUUAUUCUAUGGGAAAAAAUUGUUAUGUGGAUAAUUUAUUUAAUAAUAAUACUCAGUUUAAUGAUCCUUAUUUAGUAUAUAAUUAUAACACAUUUAUGCCCUCAAAUAGAAAAGAUUAUGAAUGUAAUAAAGAAGAUAUUAAAAGUAAAAUAAUGGCCGCAAAUGUUCUUAAUGAACUAAGGGAUUAUCAGGAAGACUUUCAUAAAAAUAGUAGAAAAACGUACCGAGAUUUUAAUGAAAAACCAUUUAAUUGUUCUGAAGCAUUUGCAGAUAUACAAAAUAAUGAAUUUUUAUCAGAAAAUAAAAUAUUUAAAAAUUGUGAACCUGAUAAUAACGAUCCUGUGAAAAAUAAAGCUACUGUUAAUGGUAACAUAAAAAAUGAAUAUCAAGAUAAAAGUAUUACUACCCAUUCAGAUCAGGUAUAUGAAUCAUUUGACAAGAAAUGUACACUAAAUAAUAAUAAUGAUGAAAAUUUACAAAAAUACAAAAUAGCCAAUCUAGAAAGUUAUGAAAACUUUUACAAUACAAAUAAAAGUUUUAAAAAUAAAAUGAGUACAGAAAAAACCUUAAAUUCAAACAUAGAAUAUCAUAAUAAAAAAAAUGUCAUUUAUGAUAAUUUUUUACAAGAAAAAAACAAUUGUGAAAAAGAUAAAAUUGAUGUGUUUAUCGAUCUACGAAAUAAUACAACUUCUGGCAAAUUUAAAAACAAUAAUACAGCCUCUUUAAGCUUAUCAGAUAUUGUAGAUAAUUUAGAUUUUGCUAAUAAAGAAUCUUUGAGUGUAAUUGAACUUCCCGAUGUAAAAGUAUGCAGUGAAAAGAUAUGUAGUAAAUCGGAAGAUCAAGCACAAAUACUAAUUAGAAGAAGGAAGUGUACAAGUAAGCCUAUAAAUUCUAAACAAAGUACCCUUGAUAAAAAUUUAAGUUUAAGUAGGGAAGAAAGUAAAAGUGUUGCUUUAGAAACCAAAACUCAACAGAAUUCUUCCAAACAUAAAACUAAAGGUUCUGAGAAAGUGUGUAAAAAAUUUAAAAAAUAA